AUGUUAUCUGAACCCUUUAGAAUUGGAAGAGGCGUAUGUCAGGGUGACCCAAUUUCUCCUUUGUUAUAUGUUACAACAUUCGAACUAUUCUUAAGAUCAUUAAAUAAAAAUUUACGAUGCAUUCCAUCACAGGGCCUAAGUUUCAAGACGGCUGCUUAUGCAGACGACUUAACAAUAGGAACUGCCUCUCUGACAGAUUGGUCUACUGUCAACUCUCAAAUUAGAAAAUUUGAAGCACUUUCUAAUACUAAGAUAAUCAAAGCAAACUCGAUCUUAGUUCCACUUACGGCAAAUGCCAGACGUACAGAGACUGAGGACACAAAAAGCUUUAAAGUUUUAAAUGAGAACGAUCCAAUAAAAGUGCUAGGAUAUCAACUUGAUAGCAAGGGUUAUCCUUACAGAAAUGCAUGGCCUAAUACUAUUAAUAAACUUAAAAAAAUGAUAAAAAAUAUGAAAGAGUGCAAUUUAUCCUUUAGGGGAAAGAUUUUAGUAGCCAAGACAAUGUUCAUAUCGAAAAUAUGGCACACUGCAUAUUUAACACCACCAAAUAGCAAACAAACCACAGAAAUAAAUAACAUGAUAACCCAAUGGAUAAAAGGCAAGUCCAAAAUAUUUCCUAGUGAAAACUAUUGGGCCAAAGUAGAACGCAUAAGAAUCAAGACAAGUCUGAGUGACACAAGAAACUCUUCUAUAAAAUUAGUGCUAAAUGUAACUUCAAACAAAACCAAGGCAUGGCCUGAGAAAUGGAAAUUGUAUCUCAAGGUGUGGAGAAGAGCAGAAGGUAGUAGAAUUUUUUCAAGGAAAAUCAAUAAGACUGAAUUCUGUGCGAGGUGA